AUGGUGGAGGACGAGGUAGUGGUCGAGGAGGAAGCUGCUGCCGAGGAGCCUGCCAUCGAGGAAGCGGCCGCUGCCGAGAUGAUGGUCGAGGAGGUGGGCACCGCGGUGGCGGUGGUUGAGAGGACGGCCACUGCCGCCGAGGUGGUAGAGAUGCUGGAUGCCGAGUCAGCAUCCGCGGAGGUGUUGGCUGCUGAGGAGGCCGCUGAAGAGGCCGCCGAGGAAGCCGCUGCGGUCGUGCUAGACGAUGAAGUCAUUGUCGUGGAACCAACGCGGACCGCCCUAGCGGAAGUCCUUUCGGCUGUUUCUGUCGUGCCUUCCUUGGCUGCUACCGCGCUUGCCGAGCCGUUCCCGUCCGCUCCCCGUCGUCCAAGCGGCAUUGUGUUCCGGCCGCCUCCCCGAUCGUCGCCGCCGCUGUCCAUGGUUGCUGCGACCAUGCCCCCAGCGCCAUUGUCCCAGGACUCGACGGUUGUGACCGAGCUGGUGGUAACCGGGGCCAUGAUCGCGAGUGUGCCAAGUCCCCUGUGGGCUACUUCGGCGGUCCUGACCGAGCUUUCGGUCACAGAAGUUCCUGCUGCUACGCUCGCCACUGCCGAGACCACCUCCUCCGAUGAUCUUGAGGAGUUAUACGCCAGCCUCCAUGAGGAAGGAGGUAGCUCAACCUCGGCUCCCCUGGACGAGGAUUCUAGGACCGUCGUUGAACGGCUCCGAGAGUUCCUUUUCUUUGGGGUUCAUCAAAUGACCACCGCCGAGGCAUUCAUGGAGUUCAGGUCCUGCCUGGAUACGGCUAUGGCGCUCGGUCUGCUGAACUCGGCUCAGCUGGAUGAGUUGCAAGCCCGUCUGGCAGAAGGCGAGGAGAUGAUCGGCCGGUAUGCUGAAGCCGUUAUGAGGAUGGCCGAGGGAAGCUCGCUCGAGCAAGAGCUGGUGGAGAUAAAGGAACAAGUCCGACCUGCGAUGGCCCGAUUGAAAGAAAAUGACCUCGUUGUCCAACGAGAAAAUGAAGAACUUGCGCAGGUCGAGGCUCAGAUUGCCGAGCUCCAGGCCCGCUGA